AUGGCCACUAAAGCGGACCCAGCGGACUCCAAGUUCACUGUUUUCAUCCGCCUGCCUUUCCCCCGGGGUGAUUUCGUCGAUCCGCCGCCUGUUGAAUGGAAUGCAUCCAAAGACCAAGCACUAUGGGAUAUCCUUUCGCGCCCAUCAAAGGGUGAUGAUAUAGACUGGAAGGCCCUUGCGGAUAGGUUUGAUGUUACCUUGCAGUUUUUGCUUCAGCAAGCAGCAUGGCUCUACGACCGACAGUUGUCUCAGGUGCGGGCUCAAAUGCGCAAAGUCCCCACGACGCAGUCAACUUCUCCGUCUCCGGCCCCGGGAUCGGUAUCCGGCAGCGGCGCAUUAGGCGGACAGCUACAGAAGGGACCUCACGGUCCGAGUAGGCAGGUAUCACAGCAAAACGAUACACUGCCACUACGAGCGGCCGCCGCUCGGCGCACGAGUUCGACAUCCACCACCACUAUCAACCAGUUCCGCAGUUCCCGUGAUCCAUCGCGCACCGAUACACCAACGGGCGAAGGGAAGGAGCAGCGCUGGGAUUCGUUUGGCCGUCGGUCGUCAUUCACAAGGCGUGAACAGCCACCACCUACUUCGCUCUUGCGGUCGCCUCCACUCCAGGAAGAGGAUUUUACAUCCUCCUCUUCGGAAGAGUCAGAAGAUGAAGACGACACUAAACAAGCCCCUCGUUUCAAGCGCUUCGGGAAAUUCUCUACUCAUCGGGCCGGUCUACGCGACGACGAGGAUGAAGAUGACGAGGAUGAUACCCCUGCAUUCCUUCCGCUUAGUCGAGAGACCGAACCAACGUCAAGGGAGAGGCCUGUACAAGAGCUCGGCGCUGCUCUUCGAUCAGAGGAACAGCGACGGCGCAGCACAGAUCAGCAGCCCAGACCACGGAUACCGGUUACUGGCGAGUCGUCAGCAAGCUCUGCCAGCUCUGGAGUCCCUGCCAAUCUACCCCAGGGUGAGAGUCGGCGAUCGAGCCAGGCUAUGGGGGCAUUGAGCCCUCAUCAACGUGGAGAGGUGCCUCGUCGGAGUCCUCGCAAGUCUACCGCAUCGGGACGAGAGGCGAGUGACGGGACUCCGAGCAUGGGGAGUAGCUUCAGUGACCUGGAUGAUGCCAGUGUCACACAAUCCGCGCUUGAGGAAGCCCUGAUGAGCAACAUGCAGCAUGGCGGCAUGGCCAGCCGCAUGAGCACAAUCAGCCAGGCCCUUCGCAGUAAAUACCUGCCGUGA